AUGAGCAAAAAGAAUGAUGUAAAUGAAGAAAAUGGAGAAUAUAAUCCUAAGGUUGAAGAGGUUUUAAUAAGCGCCUUAGAAUUUUUUAAUAUUCAUGGACUUGCCAAAGAAGAAGUUAUAAAUAAUAUUAAGAAAGAUGAAAAUACGAUUAGAUUAUUAAACGAUUUUUAUGAAAAGAAUGAAGAGUGUUUAUUUAUUUUUAAUGAGAAAGAUUGUUUAAAGAUAUAUAAUUCUAUUUUAGAUUUAUAUAAGAAACGAAAGAAUGAGAAAUUUUUAAUUGUAUAUAAGACACCACAAAGUAAUAUUUUAUAUUUAGAAAUGAAUAAUGAUGCUGAGAAUGUUAUAAGAAGUUUUUUAGAAAUAUUUUUUUCUAACUUUAUGAAUAAAAAUGAAGAUAUAAAUUCUUCUUCUCUUUUAAAAGAGAUGAAAAAGAAGUUUAAUAAUUUUUUACUUAAUUUAAGAAUUAUAUAUGGUGAAACCGAAGAAAAGCUUACAUUACCUUAUGCUCCUUCAGAAAUAAAAGAAGAAAAUGUGAAUACGAUUGAAGAAUAUUUAAUACAUUUCAUAAAAUGUUAUCAUAUAAUAUUACGUAAUUUAAUGAAUUAUAAGAAAAAAGAAUAUAUAAAUUGUUAUGAAUUUUUAAAAUGUCUAAAAAACAAAAGUGAAGAUAUUAAUUAUUUAUAUAAUGAAAUAGAUAAAGAUAGUUUUCAAGAAAUUAUAAAUAUAAUUUUAGAAAAAAAAAAAAAUUCCAGUUAUAAAAAUAUUAUAGAAAAUAUAAAAAAAGAAAUAUCUGAACAUAAAAUGGAAAUAGUAGAUCUUUAUACUCAUUUAAAACCCGUAGUACACUUUCUACAAAAAUUAGAAUUUAAUAAAGAUGAUGAUAUCGAAAAAAAAUAUAUAUAUAUUACACCUAUAAUACAUUCUUUAUCUAUAUCUAUAGAUAAAUCUAAUUAUUUAAUAAAAAAUUGUAAAUUUGUAUUUAAUUUCUUAUCUAAAGUCUUAAUUAAUACAUGUAACCAAAAUUUGAAUACUCCAGAAAUUAUUAAUUCUAUAUAUAAUUGUGUUGAUAUUUUAAAAAUUAAAUUAUAUGACACAUUGAAUUUCUUGCUUAACUUUUUAUAUAUAUUUAAAAUGUAUAAGAAUAAAAAUGAAAAACUUCAAUCCUUACAUGAACAUAACACAUAUGUAAUUCAAAGGAAAAAUCAGAUACAAGUAGCAUCAGAAAAAGGGAAUGAGAUAGAUAUUAAUAAGUCAUCUGAAAAAGAAAGAGAAAGAGAAAAUAAAAAUAUAGAUAUAAUAUCAUCUCACCAAAAUAGAAACAAAGACGAAGAAACCUUAAAUCAAGAAGAUAAUAUAAAAAAUGAAUUAGAAGAAGAAUAUAGCUAUUUCCCAUCUAUCAGUUUGUAUAUGUAUAAAUUAAAGAUACUUAUUGAAUAUUUAAAAAUUUAUCAAACAUAUAUGAAACUUGAAAAAAUUGAAAUUCCAGGAGAAAAAGGAAAAAACCUAACAGAAGAAAUACAUAAUAUAUCUAAUGAUUUUAAUAUAAUAAACGAAAACUUUUUAGAUAUUAAUCAUGAAAUUUUAAAUGAACAUGAACAUAUCUUUAUUAACAAAUAUAAUAUUUUUGAAUCUAAAGUCAAAGAAUUAAACAAAAGAUUAAUAUGUGUUUUUGUAUAUUCUUUUGAUAAUGAUUUAAAAAAAAAUAUCAAGUUAUUAAAUUCAUUUUUAAUAUUAAGAGAUAUACAUGUUAUCGAGGUAGAGCUCAUCAGACAUGCGUCUCUUUUGUGUCAAGAUCUAAAGAAGGAGUUUAUUUUGGUAGAUAACUUAUUUAUAAAAAAUAAAACAAUUAUAGAAAAUAACAAGAAAAUGUUUUUAGAAAAUAAAUUCCAGCAGGGGAAAUGUGACCUUGACGAAAUAGAAAAUGUGAUAACUAACAACAUUAAAGAUGUAAACACUACAAAUAACAACAUUAAAGAUGUAAAUACUACCAAUAACAACAUUAAAGAUGUAAAUACUAUCAAUAACAACAUUAUAGAUGAAACUAUCUCAGAUGUAAAAGCCUCAAACGAAACCAACAAUAUAAAUAUAAACAAUCAAAUGAAGAAUAAACUACAGAUAGAUAAAAUGGAAAGAGAAAUCGAAGAAGGGUUUGAAGAUAACUUGAAAAGACUAAACAUAAAUAAGAAUUCUCCUUUAUUUUGUGAAGUUAUAAAUUUAUUUACAUCUCUAUUAAAAAGAAUUGAACAACAAUAUUUUCCUUUAAAGAAAAUAAUAAAAGUGUUAAAAUUUGAAAAUGAGAAAACUGAAGAAAUUAAAAUGUUAUAUAAAAAUAUAAAUGAGAAAAUUAGUAAAUAUAUAAAUGAUGUAAGCAAAGAGUGGUUUAAAGAAACCAUUGAUGUUGUUAAUAAUUUUUUGAAUGAAUAUAUAUUCAAAAAAAGGAAUGAUUUAUUUUAUGUAAAUUUCCAUCCUUAUAUCUUUAUGUUCAUUAAUAAUAUAAAGAAUUUUUUCUUAAAUAAUUUAAGUGUAAAUGAAGAUUGUUUACAUAUUUAUAAUAAAGCAAAUACAUUUAAGAAAUUUAUUAACAUAUUAAAUAAUAUUACUAAGAAAUAUAAUAGUGUCUUAACUAAAACAUUAGAUGUAGAAAAAGAAUUAUUUGAAGAAAAAAUGAAUAAUAUAAAGAAUAGAUUAUUAAGAGGUGUAAAUGAAUUAAAAUGGUCAGAUGAUAAUAUAUAUGAAUAUAUUGAAAGUGUUGAUAAAGAUAUGUCUGAUAUAUAUAAUAAUAUUUCUACUCUUCAUAAUAAUAUUGUAUCUAUAUUAAAUGUAACCUCUAACUGGGUUAAAAAAUCUAUUAUUGAAAAACGGAAAAGGAAUGAAGACAUAUAUACUUACUUAAAUAAUUAUAAGAAUAAUAUGUCUAUAUUAAAAGGGAAACUAAAUGAUGAUUUUAAAAAUAUCAAUAUGAAUAUUAAACAAUCAUAUGAUGUUUUAAAAAUAAAGAAAAAUAAUAUAAUGUGGAAAAAUUAUUUAAAAUUUUUAAAUAAUAUAAUUAUAGAUAAGUUAAUACAAUUAACUAAUUUUUUAUUUAAUAAUUUAUAUGAUGUUAUGAAAAAUACAAAAAGAGAUGAACAAUUAUUUAUUAUAAGAAUAAAUUUUAUAGAAAAUAAACUUAAUUUAGAUUUGAAAUUAACAAGUAAAAAAACAUUUUGUAUAGAAACCAUUUUUUAUAAAUGGAUAGAUGAUUUUAUGAAUCUAUGUUCAGGUAUUAGAAGAAUAGAUAUAAAAAGUGGUGAUUAUCUAAAUGAAAUCUUAUUAAGUUUAAGUAUUCAUUAUAAUAAAAAUAAAAUAGAAAAUUUCUUUCAAAGUACUAUUAAAAAAAGUUAUGAAUAUUUACAUAGUUUAACAAAAUAUGAACAUAUAUGGAAAAUUGAUAUUAAGAAAGAAUUUCUCUCUUUUAAGAAAAAAAAUGAAAUACAAUUAUAUCCUACUUAUUUUGAAUAUAAUAAUAAUUUUCAGGACUCUUUAAAAUUAAUAAAUAUUAAUAUACCAUAUUUAUUUCCAAAUGUAUUAGCAUAUAAGAAAUUAAUAUUAACCUUAAAACAAGACCUAAACAAAUUCUAUCAUUUAAAAACAUAUGAGCCUAUAAAUUUUAUUUUAUUCUAUUCUGAGAAUUUUGUAGAAAAGUUAAUAAAUUUUACUAAAAAAAAUAUAUCUCUAUAUAGUGAAUAUCUUCAAAACUUUGUAAAAGAUGUAGUAUAUUCUAUUAAUUCCUUUUAUGAAAAUGUUAUAAACAAUUUGAAGCAAAUAAGUAUAGUAGAUUUUUUUAGUAAAAAAGGGGAUUCAAAAAAGGAAAUAUUGGAAAAGGGGGAGAUCUAUACAGGUCUUCAAAAAGGAGAAAGAAAUGUUAGACUUAAAAAGGGAAGCAUUGACAAUACAGAUAAUAAUAAUAAUAAUAAUAAUAAUAAAAUGAUUGAUGGGGGUGAUAAUAAUGAAACGAUUGACGAGGAUGAUAAUAAUGAAACGAUUGACGAGGGUGAUAAUAAUAAAAUGAUUGACGAGGGUGAUAAUAAUAAAAUGAUUGACGAGGAUGAUAAUAAAAUGAUCGAUGAUGAUGAUGAUGAUAAUAAUAAUAAUAAUAAUAAUAAUAAUAAUAAUAAUGUGGAUAAGAUUUAUUACGAAUCGAAACGAUAUAAAAACUCGAACGCUAAUAAUACUGAAUAUAAAAAAAAAGAAAAAACAAAUGCAUCAAAUAUAAACAAAAAGAAAGACAUAUUUUACAACCUAAUGAGAAACUUAAGAAGUGUAAAAUUAAGCAGAAAAAUUAUCCCAUUAAUUUUUCAAAAGAUUAAAGAAAUUAUGGAAAAUUUAAAAGAAUUAGAUAUAAUUAUAAAAUAUAAUGAUAUAUUAGAUAAUAUUGAAAAGAAUAAAGAGAAAGUAGAAAUACAAUAUAAUGAUAUAAAAGAGAAAAUAUUGAAAUAUAAAAAUAAUGAAAUAAAAAAUAUCAAAAUAGAAAUAAAAGAUUUUAAAGAAGAAUUAACUAAACUUAAAAAACAUAUUUUUAAAAAUAUACCAAGUACACCUAAAGAUAUAUAUAAUUUUCCAUAUGAAAAAAUUAAUGACUUCAGAAAAAGUUUUCAAACUUAUAAAGAUAAACAAAAAUAUCAUAAUGAAUUAGAAAUUUUAUUUGAAAUUGAUAUUACUAUUUUUGAUGAAUUAGAUGAAAUUGAUAUUAAAUUAACAGAUCUUAAACAUUUAUGGGAUUUAGUAAAUAGUGUAAUAUUUUUUAUAGAAGAAGAAAAAAAAAAAUUAUGGAAAGAUAUUGAUGUUAAUAGUAAUAUUUAUUUAAUUGAUUUUAUAUCAUUAUAUAUUAGAAAAAACUUUUUUGAUUUAAAACAUUUAUCUAUAUAUGAAUAUAUUAUUAAAGAAUUAAAAAAAUUAUCUUCUAUAUUACCUUUAUUAGUUGAUUUAAAUAAUGAAUGUAUAUUUGAUAGACAUUGGAAUAUUAUUAUAAACAUAUCUGGAAAUAUAAAUAAUUUAUAUACAAAAAAAAAAGAAAAUAAUAAUAAUAAUCAAAACAAUUUUAUUAAUAAUACAGAUUUAUUAAAUACACCAUUAUCUAAUAAUAAAACAUCUAUUAUGAGUAUUCAUACAUUUAAUAGAGAAGAACAAAUAGAUAAUGUCAAUAAUACAUAUGAUAAUGAAAAAGAUACAAAUAAUAAUAUUUUUGUUAAUAAAAAUAUACAAAUAAAAUAUAAAGAAUUAACUCUUCAAGGAUUCUUUGAUCUAAAAUUAUAUAAACAUGUAGAUGCAGUACAUGAUGUUAUUGAACAAGCUAAAAAAGAACAAAAAAUUGAAAAUAAAAUUAAAGAAAUUAAUCUUAUAUGGAAAGAAAUGAAUUUUGAAUUUUUUAAAAAAAAUAAUUAUAUACAAAUAACUAAUAUGGAUAUGAUUCUAGAAAUUGUUGAUGUACAUACUUCUGAAAUAUUAUUCUUUAUUAAUCAAAAGAAAUUUAUUUUAUUUAUUCAAGAAACCAUAUUAAAUACACAAGAAAAUUUAAAAAAAAUUGAUGAAGUCAUAAAUAUAUGGAGAAAGUUUCUGAACAAAUUUGAACGACUACAACCUAUCUAUUUAAAUUCAGAAGAUAUACAUUCACAACUUCCUGAAGAAAGUAAAAUGUUUUUUAAUAUCGAAAAUGAAUAUAAAGAAAUUAUUCAUAGUGCAGCAGAACAAAAAAAUGUUUUACAAGUAUGUCUUAAUGAAGAUUUAUUUUAUUUAUUAAGUAAAUUUUUUAAAAAUAUUGAAUUGUGUGAAAAAGCUUUAAAUGAUUAUUUGGAUCAAAAGAAAAAAGCAUUCCCACGUUUUUAUUUCUUAUCCAAUAUAGCUUUGUUGGAUAUAUUAAGUAAUGGAAAAAACCCUUUCAAAAUUCUACCUUAUAUAAAUGAUGUAUUUAAUGCUAUCAAAACGAUUCAAUUUAAGGAGGACCAAACAAAUAUUAACGCAAGUGGUAACACAUAUGAUAACACAUAUGAUAACACAAAUGAUAACACAUAUGAUACCACAAAUGAUAACACAUAUGAUACCACAAAUGAUAACACAUAUGACACUACAAAUGACACUACACAUGACACUACUCAUGACACUACAAAUGAUGCUUCAUAUUAUAGACAAGAACAAGACGAAACAUAUCACGAUCAAAAUAAAAAAUGCAAAGAUAUCAAAACGCCUGAACCCAAAGAUUACAUAGCUAAAGGUGUUUAUAGUAUCGAAAAUGAACAUUUAGAAUUUUUGAACGAACUGGUUUUAAAAGGAAAUGUGGAAAAUUAUUUGAAAGAUUUGGAAACUCAUUUAAAAGUAACAAUUAGAAGUAUAUUGGAAAAUGCAAAAAUAUGUUCAGAAAAUUUAGAUGAACAGAAUAGAGAUGAAACUAUGAUAACUAAUUACAUUAGUCAAGUAGUAUGUACUUGUAAUCAAAUUAUUGUAACAGAAGAAAUAAAUAAAUGUUUUGAUGAAUUAGAAAAUGGAAAUGAAUCAGCUUUUGUAGAUUAUAAAAAAGUAUUAAUUGAAAGAAUUAAUAAAUUAAUAAAAUUAGUUGAAAAAACAGAUGAUUAUAAUAUAAGAACAAAAUUAUUAUCUUUAAUUAUAUUAGAUGUGCAUACAAGAGAUGUUAUUAUAUCAUUUAUAAAAAAAAAAAUUUCAGAUAGUACUUCUUUUGAUUGGCAAGCACAAUUAAAAUAUUAUUGGGUUUAUGAUAAAAAAAUUAAUAAUUAUACAUGUGAAAUUAAAUUAUGUGAUUUUAAAACGAAAUAUCUAUAUGAAUAUAUAGGAAACUCAGGAAAAUUAGUAAUCACCCCUUUAACAGAUAAAUGUUAUAUCACAUUAACACAAGCAUUAAAUUUAAUAUUAGGAGGUGCUCCUGCUGGUCCAGCUGGUACUGGAAAAACAGAAACGACAAAAGAUUUAUCUAAAGCCAUUGGAAUAGCUAUAUUUAUAUUUAAUUGUAGUAAUCAAAUGAAUUAUUUUAAUAUGUCUCAAAUAUGUAUAGGUUUAUCUCAAACAGGAGCUUGGGGAUGCUUUGAUGAAUUUAAUAGAAUAAGUAUAGAAGUAUUAUCAGUUGUUAGUACUCAAAUAAAAUGUAUAUUUGAUGCUAUUAAAGAGAAAAAAACCAUGUUUCAUUUUAUUGAUGAUGAAAUAGUAUUAAAGAAAACAUGUGGAUUUUUUAUAACUAUGAAUCCUGGAUAUGCAGGAAGAACCGAAUUACCUGAAAAUUUAAAAAAUUUAUUUAGAUCAUGUUCGAUGAUUGUUCCUGAUAUAAAAUUUAUUUGUGAAAAUAUGUUAAUGUCUUUUGGAUUUAUUAAAGCAAAUAAGUUAUCUUAUAAAUUUGUUGAAUUAUAUCAGUUAUGUAAAGAAUUGUUACAAAAAAAUAUUCAUUAUGAUUGGGGGUUAAGAGCUGUUAAGGUAGUAUUAAUACAAGCUGGAAAUUUAAAAAGAAAAUAUGCUAACUUCGAUGAAGAAGUUAUUUUAAUGAAAGCUUUAAAAGAUUUUAAUAUACCUAAAAUUACAUAUGAAGAUAUACCCAUAUUUUUAGGAUUAAUUAAUGAUCUAUUUCCUAAUGUUAAUUGUAAUAUAUUUGAUGAAAAAGAUCAAGAAAAAGAAAAUGAUAAUGAGGAAGAAAAUAAACCAGAACAACAAACAUAUAAUAUACAGGAUGAUGACAAAAAAUAUAAAAAGAAAAAAAAUAUUCAUCAUAAUAUGGAUAAAUAUAAAAGUAGCAUCACCCAAGGUUUUACAAAUUCGAAUGAUAACAAAAAUGAUUUGUUAAUUAAUAAGGAUAAUUAUGAAACAAACAAGAAUAUAGUGACACAUUAUGAAAAUGAAAAAAAAAAUGAAAAAAAAAAUGAAAAAAAAAAUGAAAAAAAAAAUGACAUUUCUGAAGAAAUGUUUCAAAUAGAUAAAAAUAAAAAGGAUAUAGAAAUAUACGAUGAGGAGGGGGAUAAUGAAAAAGGGGAUAUAAAAGAAUUAAGACAAAAACAUAUAAUGUCUAAUCAAAAUGAUAAUGCAAAUUAUAUAAAUAAUAAAGAAUAUGAUAAAGAUUCAAAUAAAAUAGAUAAUUUAAAAGAGAAGAAAUUUAUGAAUGAAAAAAAAGAAAUGUUUAUUCCCAAUUUUGAUGAUGCUAUAAAAAUAUGUUUGAAAGAAUCAAAUUUACAAAUAGAUGAUAAUUUUAUACUAAAAGUUAAACAACUGAAGGAUUUAAUGGAUGUCAGACAUUGUGUAUUUAUAUUAGGAGAAGAUGGGUGUGGAAAAUCUAGUGUUAUUGAUAUUUUAAUAAAAAGUUUAAAUAAAAUAAAUGAAAAAUGUUUAUAUGAAAUUAUAAAUCCUAAAUCUAUUGAAUCAUAUGAACUUUAUGGAUAUUUAACUAAAAAUAAUGAAUGGAUUGAUGGUGCAUUAUCAUCAAUUAUGAGAAAAAUGUCUAGAAAUAUUAGUCCAUAUAAUGAAAAUAUAAAACAUAAAAUAACUUUAUUAGAUGGUAAUAUUGAUGCUGAAUGGAUAGAAAGUAUGAAUACUGUUAUGGAUGAUAAUAAAGUAUUAACAUUAGUAAGUAAUGAAAGGAUACCAUUUACAAAAGAAAUGCACUUAUUUUUUGAAAUCACAAAUAUGAAAUAUGCAUCACCUGCUACUGUUAGUAGAGGUGGUGUUCUUUUUAUUAAUAAAGGAGAUAUUAGUUAUAAAUUAUUUAUAAGCUCAUGGAUUAAUCUGUUAAAUAAUAAUAUUGCAAAAACUGAAUUCUAUUAUCUAUUCAAUAUUUUCUAUUCACAAAAUAUAGAUAUGUUAAGAAAACAAUGUAAAUUUGCAUUUGACCUUUCGAAUUUAGAUAUUGUAAAAUCUGUAUGUAAUUAUAUUGAUUAUUUUUUGUAUAAAUAUGAAAAAUAUAUUAAUGAAGUCAUAAAAAAAAUUGAAAACAAACAAAAUGAAGAAAUAACCUUUAUGAAAAAUGAAAAUAAUAGAGAAGAGUUGUCUAAUUCUAACAUGAAAAGAAAAGAUAAAACAACGAAAGAGAAAAAUACACAACCAAUAAAUGAAAUUCGUAAUAGAGAUAUAAAACAUGAAAAAGGAUAUCAAAAAAUAAACAAAAAAACAAAUUCUUUCAAAGAUAACAUAAUAACAAAUGAUAAUGAAUCCAAAUUAAAACAUCAAAAAAAUAAGAAAUAUGUAGAUGAUAUGAAUAUUAAUACAAAAAAUUUAAUAAAUAAUGAAGAAAAAAAUAUAAUAAACAAAAUUAAUUAUAAUUAUGAAAUAUUAAAAGAUUAUUAUAAUUGCUUUUUUAUGAACUCUUAUAUGUGGGUAAUAAACAAUUUGAUAAUAGAUGAUAAAAUUAUGAAUUCCAAAAAUAUAUUUAGUAACAAUAUUAAAAGUAAUUUAAAGGUAAAAAUGGGAAAUGACUAUUGUUGUAAUUAUAUAUAUAAUAUAUAUGAAAAUAACUGGAAACACUUGAGCGAGUAUUUAGAUGAAGAUAUUUUAUUUCUUCAGAAAUUAAAAUGGAACACUUCUGAGAUGGAAAAUGAGGAAAAUCAGGAAAAUGAGGAAAAGGGGUAUGAAAAUGAAGUGGCACAAGAAGGUGAGGACGAUGAUAUUAUGGAUGAUGUAAAUGACAAUAUGGAUGACAUAAAUGACAAUAUGGAUGACAUAAAUGACAAUAUGGAUGAUAUAAAUGACAAUAUGGAUGAUAUAAAUAACAAUAUGGAUGAUAUAAAUAACAAUAUGGAUGAAAAAAAAAAGAAAAAGUUAAUAAAAAAUAAGAAAAAGAAAAAAAAGACAAUUAAUAACUAUAUUGAAAAUAUGUUACCCAAUAAUUAUGAUGAUAUAUAUAUAAAUACCAUAGAAUUAAUAAGAAUUGAAAAAAUGAUAAAAUAUUGUUUAGAACGAAAUCAAGCAAUAUUAGUAUAUGGUAAUAAUGGUACAGGAAAAACAAAAUGUAUUAAGAAUAAUAUAAAUAUGAAUAUUGAAAAGUUUACUCAUACAAUUAUAAGUAUAAAUUAUUAUACAAAUUCUUUUGUAUUACAAAAGAUCAUAGAAAACAAUGUCGAAAAAAGGAAUACAAGAACAUAUGGUCCUCCUAAUCAAAAGAAACAUAUAUUUUUUUUAGAGGAUUUAAAUAUAACUGCCAAAGACAAUUGUGAUACUCAACAGACAUUAGAAUUUUUAAGACAAUUAUUAACAUAUAAAUUAAUAUAUGAUAGAGAUAAUUUAGAUGAAAAGAAAUUUAUUCAUGAUAUAUCUUUUAUAGGUACUAUUAAUAAUAAUACGAACAAACUUAUAGAUAAAAGAAUUCAAAAUAAAUUUAGUAUAAUAAAUAUUGAUGAUAUAAGUAUGAAAACGUUUGAAAAUAUAUAUAAAAUAAUAUUAAAACAACAUUUACUUAAAUUUGAUGAUUCUAUAAAAAGUUUAUUAAAUAAUAUUAUAUCAUUUUCUUAUGAUUUAUAUACUAAUAUAACAGAAAAUAUAUCAUUCAAUUUAUCUAAUUUAGCUCCUCAUUAUUUAUUUAAUUUGAAUGAUAUACAUACAAUAUUUUAUAAUAUAAUAAAAUAUACUAAUCCAGAUAUAUAUAAUAAUCAAUUUAAAUUCCUUAUGAUUAUAUUUCAUGAAAUGCAACAUGCAUAUAUAAAUAAGUUAAUAUCUGAUGAUCAUAUAAAUAUUUUUACUCAAAUAUUUAAUAAAUUAAUUCAGCAAUAUUUCCCAUUUUUUAAAGAAGACUUUGAAAAACAUAUAGAUGUUUUUGAUAGUACUAAUGACCCACCUAAGAUAGAUAAUGGACAGGAUGUUACAUCUAAUAAGUCUUUAAUAUUUGAUGAAAAUGAUUAUGUUGAUAAUGAUACAUAUAAUAUUAAUAUGGAUAAUGACUUAAAAAAUGACACAAAUGAUAAUAAUAAUAAUAAUAAUAUUGAUGGUGGUGAUGAUGGUAUUAAUGUGGGAACCAUUGAAAAAACCCAUUUAGGCAUGUCAAAUAAUCUAAAUAAUUCAAAUGAUAAAGAAAAUAUUAUGAAAAUGAAAAAAAGUAAUAAUAUUAACACAGAUAGUUACAAUAAUAAUAAUGUGAAGGGAAAAGAAAAAAAUUUAAUAUAUGAUUUAAAUAAAAAUAUUUUUACAUCUUUUAUAUCUAUUAGAAAUGGAUUAGAUAAAAUGUAUUUAAAUGUAAAAAAAUUUUAUGUAUUAAAAGAAGUAUUAACAGAAAAAUUGAAUGAAUAUAAUACUACACAUGUCGAAUUACCAUUAGUUUUAUUUGAUUAUGCAAUUAUUCAGAUAUGUAAAAUUUGUAGAAUUCUUGAUUUUAAUAUAUCACAUUUAAUGUUGAUUGGAUUUGGUGGAUCUGGAAAACAAUCUUUAAUAAAAUUAAGUAUAUUUAUUAAUUCUUUAAAUUUAUUAAAUAUAUCAACAAAUAAUAGUUAUGAUGUUAAUAAUUUUAAAUCAGAUUUACAAGAAUUUCAUUUAAAAUGUGCCAUAAAACCAGGAAAUGUACAUGUCUUAUUAUUAAAAGAAAAUGAUAUAUUAGAUUCUUUUCUUCCUUAUAUAAAUGAUUUAACAUCAACAGGUUUAUGUAAUGAUUUAUUUACAAAAGAUGAAUAUUUAGGUAUUUUUUCUUCUAUACGUAAUCAAAUAAAAUAUUUAAAUAUAGGAGAAAGUAAUGAAGAUGUUUUUAAUUAUUAUAUUAAUAAAAUAAAAACAAAUUUAAAAAUUGCUAUCACUCAUUCACCUAUUAGUAAUUUAUACAGGGAUCGAUUAAUUAAAUUUCCUUCAUUUCUUUCAAAUUUUUCUUUUAUUUAUUUUUUACCAUGGCCAUAUGAAGCUCUUGUUAAUGUAUCCAAUAGAUUUUUAAGUGAUAUAAAAAUCAAACAAGAUCUCAAAAAAAAAAUUUGUGAACAUAUGGCAUAUGUUCAUACAAGUACUAAUGAAAUGAAUAAAAAAUAUUUAGAACAAAAAAAUAGAUUUAAUUAUGUUAUUCCUAAAACAUUUUUAGAAUAUAUUUAUUUUUAUAAGAAUUUGUUAAAUGUCAAAAAUUUGGAAAUUGAAAAAUCUGUAGAAAGAUUAAAUAAAGGGUUAUUAGCCCUCACUAGUACUAGAGAAAAUGUUCAAUUGUUACAAAAAGAAAUCGAAAUAAAAAUUACUAACAUAGAAGAGAAAAAAAUUGAAGUCAAUGAAAUAUUAAAUAAAGUGAAAGAAGCAACUGAAGUAACUAAUAAAGAACAGCAAAUUGUUAAUGAAGAGAAAAAAAAAACAGAAAUAUUUACGAAAGAAGCUAUUGAAAUACAAUUAAAAGCAGACAAGGAAUUAAGUGAAGCUUUACCUAUAAUGAAUAAAGCUAAAGAUGCUGUUAAUUGUAUAACUAAAUCAGCUAUUCAAGAAUUGAAAUCUUUACAAAAUCCUCCAAAAGAAUGUCUAGAUGUUACACAUGCUGUUUUAAUUGCAUUAAAAGAAAUUAAAAACUAUUCGUGGAAAUUUGCUCAGAAAAUUAUGAACAAUCCUACUCAGUUUUUAAGUAAAUUACAAAAAUUCGAUGCAGAAAAUAUGGAUGAAGAAACUGUAAAUUUAUUAACACCUUUUAUUCAAAAAAAAUUCUUUAAUUAUGAGAUGAUGAAAACCAAAUCUUCAGCUUGUGCCUAUUUAGCUUUAUGGCUAGUUAAUAUAGUUAAAUAUAAUGAAGUAUAUAAAAAAGUGAAACCUUUAAUGGAUAAAUUACAAGAAGCAACUAACAAUAAAAAUAAAGCACAAGAAAAAUUAGAUCAAUUAGAAAAUAAAGUAAAAGAAUUAACAGACAGCGUUGAAAAAUUAAGAAGAAAAAUGAAUGAAGUCAAUGAAGAAAAAAAUAAUGUAAUCAGAAUAUAUAAUGAAUCAAAAGAUAAAUUAAAUAGAGCUGAAAAUUUAGUAAAUAUGUUAUCUGAUGAAUAUUCAAGAUGGUCUGAUGAAAUUGCUAUAAUUAAUUCGAAUAAAAAAUUUAUAUAUGGUGAUUGUUUAUUACUUUCUUCAUUUAUAACUUAUUUAGGAGUUUUUUCAAGUUCUUUCAGAAUUAAAUUAUGGAAACAUUUAUGGCUAGAACAUAUAAAAAACAGUAAUAUUCUUAUUAAUAAUAUUACAUCUCCUAUUGAUAUUAUGGUUCAAGAUAUACAAAUAGCAACCUGGAAAAAUGAAAAAUUACCUGAAGAUAUAAUAAGUAUAGAAAAUGCAUUGAUUGUUAGUACUUGUUAUAGAUGGCCAUUAUUAAUUGAUCCUCAGUUACAAGGAUUAAAAUGGCUCAAGGCAAAAGGAGGAAAUAACAUUACUGUUCUUCAAUUUAAUUGUGAACAUUUUAUAAAAAAAAUUAAAAAUGUUAUAUCAAAAGGGGGAUAUUUAAUAAUUGAAAAUAUUAGUGAAGAAAUUGAUAAUGUUAUUGAUGGGUUAUUAAAUAGGGAAUUUAUUAAAAAGGGAAAUGAUAUAUAUGUAAAAAUUGAUAAUGAAGAAAUGUUAUUUAAUUAUCCUAAUGCUAUAAAUAGAAUUGAUAAAAUCAAGUCUUUUUUUGAAAGUAAUAUUAAUAAUAAUAGUGCUACUACUAUUAAUACCACCAUCAAUAAUAAUGGAAUUUCCCAAACAAAUAACACAAAUAAUGAUAAUAAUAAUAUUAACAUAGAUAAUCAAAAUAAUUAUGGUAAUGAACCAGGAGACUCAAAUAAAAAUUAUCAUAAACAAAAUUCACAAAAUAUGAAUAAAGCUUUUUCUAGCGAAAAUUUAUUGAAAGUUAAUUUUUUUAAUCUCAUUUUACAAACCAAACUAAGUAAUCCACAUUUCAAACCUGAAGUUAAUAGCCAAUGUACCUUAAUUAAUUUUAGUGUCACUUGUGAAGGAUUAGAAGAACAAAUAUUAGCUAUAAUUGUAAAUAUAGAAAAACCAGAAUUAGAAAAACAGAAACAAAUAUUAGUAAAAAAUAGAAAUGAAUAUAAAAUAAUAUUAAAUAAUCUAGAAGAUGAAAUAUUAUAUCAAUUAUCUACUGUUGAUUCAAAAACAAUUAUAGAUAAUAUUUCUUUAAUUAAUAGUUUAAAAACUACAAAAGAUACUUCUAUUAAUAUACAAAAACAAGUUGCAGAUUCAAUUAAUACAGAAAAUGAAAUUAAUAAAACUAGAGAAUUAUAUAGAACUCUUGCUAAUGAAGCUUCUAUUGUUUAUUUUAUUUUAAUACUUAUGCAUAAUAUUAAUUAUAUGUAUCAAUAUUCUUUGGAUUCUUUUAUUAAUCUACUAUUAAAAUCUAUUGAAGCUGUUAAUAAUGAUACUAUUAAAAUGUUAUCUAAUAAAAACUUAGAUAAUGAAAUAUCAAAUAAUAAUAAUAUGUAUGAUGAUGAUAAUAAUAAUAAUGGUGAAGAUAGACAUUUACAAAAACAUGAUGAUAAAUAUUAUGAUUCUAAAAUAUAUCUUAAUGAUAAUGAUGAAAAUAAUAACAACAAUAAUGAUAGUAAUAAUAAUAAUAAUAAUAAUAUUAAUAAUGUGUAUGAUGAACAUAUGAAUAAAUUAAUUAUAUCUUUUAGAAAAACCAUAUAUUCGUGGAUUAAUAGAGGAUUAUUAGAAAAAGAUAAACUUUUAUUUAAUUGCAUAUUUGUAUUUAAAUUAUUAGAAAAGAAAAAAAUUUAUGAUAAAGAUUUUAAUAUGGAUUAUCUAAAUUUCUUUUUAAAACCUCCAAGAGGUAAAGGUGUUACAGAAAACCCAUUAAAAGAAUGGCUUAGUGAUGAAUGCUGGGAAAAUAUUUUAAUAUUAUCGAAAUUUAAAGAAUUUGAAAAUUUAUCAAAUAAUAUUCAUAUAGAUGCACAACAUAAAUUUAAACAGUGGUGUUCAGAAAUUCAACCUGAAAUAUGUAAAUUACCUUUAGAAUGGAAAAAAUUAAAUAAUUAUUCUUUUAAGAAAUUAUUAAUUAUUAGAUCCUUACGACCAGAUAGAAUAACAGUUACUCUAGAAAAAUAUAUUAAAAGUAUCUUACCAAACAGUGAAGAAAUCAUGGAGAAAAAAAAUUCUUUUGUUGAUACAUUAGAAUCUUCCUAUAAUUUUAUGGUUAAUUCUACACCAAUUUUAUUUAUAUUAACACCUGGGUCUGAUUUUAUAAAAUAUGUAGAAAUGUUAGGAAAAAAAUAUAAGUUUUAUUUAAAUCAAAAUUUACAUGUAGUUUCGUUAGGACAAGGGCAAGAAUCAAUUGCUUUAUCAAAAUUAGAGUUAUCACAUAAAGAAGGCCAUUGGAUUGUUUUAGAAAAUAUACACUUAAUGGCAAAAUUUAAUUUAAUUCUAGAAAAUGUAAUAGAUAAAUAUGCUACUGAAGGAUCUCAUCCAAAUUUUAGAUGUUUUUUAACGUCGGAAAUAACAACAAAUAUUCCUAUCAGUAUAUUAGAAAGAUCUAUUAAAUUAACGAAUGAAGCUCCUACAGGUUUUAAAGAAAAUUUGAAAAGAGCAUUUACCUUUUUUUCACCAGAUGAUUAUGAAGAAAAAGAUUUAAGAACGAAAAAUAUUUUAUUUUCAUUAUGUUAUUUUCAUUCUAUAAUUGUUGAAAGAGCAAAAUUCGGUUCACAAGGAUUUAAUAUAAAGUAUCCAUUUAGUUUAAGUGAUUUAAGAGAUAGUGCAAAAGUUCUUUUUAAUUAUUUAGAUAAUCAAAAUUCGAUAAAAGUACCAUGGAAUGAUUUAAAAUAUAUUUUUGGUGAAAUAAUGUAUGGUGGACAUAUUGUUAAUGAUAAAGAUAUGUUGAUAUGUAAAACAUAUUUAAAUUAUUUUAUGAAAGAACAAUCAUUAGAAGGAAUGCAAUUAAUACCAUUUUCAAAAAAUAUACAAUUAUUUAGUCCUAAUAAUUAUUCUUAUGAAAAAAUUUUAAAAUAUAUAGAUACACAAAUUAUAUGUGAAUCUUCUAUUUUAUAUGGUUUAAAUCAACAUGCAGAAAUGAAUUUUAGAACAAAUGAAAGUAUUAAAUUGUUAAAAAAUAUAUUAAAAUUAAAACUUAAAGAAACAUCAACCUUUGUAGAAGAAUUAACAACUGGUGAAACUAUGGAAAAUAAAACAUCAAAUAUUUUAUCAGAAAUAUUAAGUGAAAUAGAUAAUAUCUUUUUUAAUGUAGAAGAACUUAUGAAAUCAAUACCAGAUGAUCAGAUAACACCUUUACAAUAUUUUCUAUUUCAAGAAUGUACUUUAAUGAAUUCUUUAACUAGUGUUAUGAAAAAUUCUUUAAAAGAAUUGAAUUUAGCUAUUAAAGGUGAAAUUAAUAUGACAAGUAAAAUCGAAUCUCUUAUGAAUGCUUUAUAUAAAGAUAAAUUGCCAGAAUUAUGGAAAAAUAAUUCUUAUUCAAGUAAUCGAAAUUUAUCAUCCUGGGUUAAUAAUUUGAAAGAAAGAAUUGCUUUUCUAACUGAAUGGUUUAAUGAUCCUUUAUUAACACCUAAAGUUUUUAAUAUAUCUUUAUUAUUUAAUCCAAACAGCUUUUUUAGUGCAAUUAAACAAAUCUUAUCUAGAAAUGAAAAAUGUGAAUUAGAUAAAAUUAUUAUGCAAAUUGAAGUUACAAACAAAUCUUUAAAUAAUAUUCAUUCGUAUCCUAAAGAAGGUGCUUAUAUUUAUGGUUUAUAUUUAGAUGGAGCAAACUAUGACGUAGAAAAAAAUACAUUAUGUGACUCUUCGUCAAAACAAAAAUAUUUCUUAAUGCCAGUUAUACACUGUAAACCAAUUGUUAGCAUGGGGAAAAUAGAUACAGAUGUAUAUGAAUGUCCUGUAUAUAAAACCUUGUCCAGAGGACCUACAUAUGUUACAAAUAUAAAGUUAAAAACUAAGGAAAGUUCAGAAAAGUGGAUUUUAGCAGGUGUUGCAUUGAUUUUGGAUAUAGCAGAUGAUUAA